AUGAAUUCUUCGUUGCCAGGUCCUAAUAAAUUCCCUGUGCUGGAUAGGCUCUACCAGAAGCAGGUAGAUUACUAUGAUUCUAAAGUAAUAACUGACAUAAUUUAUAAUGAAAAUACUAACCUAGUGUCUAUUUUUAAGGACUAUCUCAUCUAUGAUGAUGUGAGUGAAUUCCUAAAGAGGUCUUAUACCAUUAAAGAAUCGCAAGAAAGGCUACCAAAAGUCUUUGAAUUUUAUGAAAAAUACUCAAAAGUGUUCCCUAAUUAUGUGACACUUCCUGAAAAUAAAUGCAUGUUCAAGAAUAUUGAAAGGAAACAGAAGAUGAUAGAUGACAAGCAGAAUGCUCUAGAUGUAAUUGAUAGAAGGAGACGCAAGAAAAAUAAUGGGCAUUUCUCAGACCUCCUAGGUGAAAGUUCUAUUGACAUGUUCUCAACGAAAUUUAUGGACUCGAUACUCAAGCAAGAUGAAGAACUUGAGAAGUUACGCAAGCAAAAUGAAAUUAAUGAGAAGUUCGUCAAAGCUGUUGAAGAUUUUACUAAAAAUGAUUCUUUAAUAGCUCCAGUCAACCAGAGUCAGAUGUCUGUUAAUCUCAGCAUGAGUGAGAUGGACGAUAAAGAAAAUAGUGAUCUUUCAUGAAUAAAAUCUCAAUUUACUAUUGAUCAAAAUCAAUCUCAUCAUACAAGCUCAUCCAAGAAGGAAGAAGUGGAGAAAACUCCUGUGGGAAGUACAAAUACUAAAAAUACCCGUAAGGUAAAUGUCUUUGAGUACAACAACUUGGCCAAUAAAAAGUUAAAGUUAAUAAACCUAAAUAAACCUUUGCAAAGAACAGACAUAAUUCGUCUUGAGAACUCUCUUGACUUAGACAAGAGUACGCCUGCUCAGCAAAAGAAUCCUGGGAAGAGUUCUAUUUUAUCCAGCCAAAGGUUGGCCAAAAAUGCUAUAAAUUCAAUCCCCAAGCUAAACAAGAAGGUGUCUUUGAAGAGCCUAAAAAUGUCAGAGAAUGAUGAUAGGCGAACCUUCAUCAGCAGCACCGAGAGGCACAUGGAUCUGACCAGUAACAAGCAAAAGAAUUCUGAGAAGAAUACAGAGCCUGGAAUAAUAAUCACGAACAGAUCUGAAGGCCAAAAAGUAAUUAAAUAAGAGGAAAAAGAUUAUAAUGGAUAAUAAACUUACUACAAGAGCACUGCUUGCUGAAAGAAUAGCUGCUCACGAAAGGAAGAAGACUGAGAUUUGGAACCAUAAGGGAUUUAAAGGAGAUACCCGCCAAUCCUUUCUGACUAGACAUGUGCAGGGUACCAUUCCUAACCCUAUGAUGGUCACGAAUGGAAUCAAUAAUACUCACAGACAUACUAAAUCAAAAGAAGUUUUAAUUAAGAAUGACAGGAGAUUAGCUAACCCAAUUACUUUGAAGAGUCAAAAAUCAUACAAAAAUAUAUACCCAAACCCUAUGAGUAUGAAUGCAAGAAACACUAAUCAGUCAUGAAAGAAGAGAAAGAAAGGGAGAGCUCUCCAGUCUCAUCAUAAAGAUCAGUUAAGCAUUCCCCCACAGAUAAAAGGGAAUCUGCAAAUUGAGUCAACAGCUAGUGGCCAUUCCUCAAUAAAAUAGAAAUAACGCAGAUAGUUCUUCCAGAAAGUUUUCGAAUGCAAGCACAUCAAGGUUCAAUACUGAAUCUUUAGGAUUGACUCUAGUACGUCCAAAGGGUGGAGCCUCGUUUAAAGACCAAAAAUUAAAUGAGAGAAACUUCAAAAAUCAUAUUGUUACUGAAAGAUAUAAAAACCCAGAUUCAAAUAAGACUAAUCCACGGUUUGGGAGUAAGGACAGAAAGAGUACUAAUUUAACCAAUAAACAAUUGAAGUCCAUCAAGAUCAGAGGAGCUUCGAGUAGUGAGCUAGGACCUCUACCCGCUACUACGAAUAAUAACCACUAUUAUGGCCGAUUUUUCAACACAAAUGCUUCAGAGAGACAAUCUAAGGAGUUGUUUCUAAAUGACAAGAAUUUGAAGAGUAUGAAGUACUUUAAAAAGUCCCAGAUAAACCGGGACAAACAGAAACCAAGGAUUGAAGGCUUAGGGAAGUACUAUGGACCCUUGACUGAAAGGAAUAAGCAAAGAACUUGCCAUUAAAGCUUCGAAUAUGAAAUAAAAAUGGUCAAUUUUUA